AUGCCUGGAUACGCAGUCCGUAGACUCGGCUCGCAAUGGCUUCGUGUCUCUCAGAUUGAGCCAUUACUGUGCCGUAGUUUCUGCUCCACCAGUCGCUCAUAUGCGACGCACAAGUUAACGGAUGAUGCUGCAUUAAGAAUUAACCCGGUAGGAAUUCAGUACUUAUCGCCAGCUUUGCAAUCGCAAAUAUUUCCGGGAAAAGCCCGUAGGCCAUCCGAUUUAUAUGUAGAACUUGCAAAGCUUCAUCUCCAAAAGCAUGACCUAACAGGUAGGGAAACAACAAAAUUGCCGUCGUAUAAUUUUCGUCUUCCUGCUUUACAAGGAAAAAGCUUAACUGAACACUUUGAAAACAUCGGCCGCGAAUGCGCAGAACCUCACCUCACGAAUGCAAAUUCAUUUGCUCAAAUCUCUUUACCUCCUAUUCCAAAAAAAUGGCUCCACCACUCCGGUUGGACUAGGUAUGGUUCAGAUGGUACUGUAGAACAAGUGCCUUAUCCCAAAGAAGCCAUGCUCGUUUUUGACGUUGAGGUUCUAUAUAAAGUAUCAGAUUUUGCUGUUUUAGCCGUUGCUGCGUCUCCCGACGCUUGGUAUUGUUGGUUAUCGCCGUGGCUGUUGGGAAAAACAGAGCAGGAUCGAAAUCUUAUUCCUCUAAGACCAGAAGGACACCUUAUCGUCGGUCAUCACGUCAGUUUUGAUCGCCAGAGAAUUUUGCAAGAAUACAGUCUAAAGCGAUCCAAUAAUGCUUUUAUCGAUACCAUGUCGUUACACGUUGCUACCAAUGGAAUGUGUUCACGGCAAAAACCCACUUGGUUUAAGGCUAAGAAAGCCUUUAGGCAAACCAUUGGUAAAGAAUCUAAUGGAUCCGACGAUGACUCUUCUCAAGCUGAGUUUGAUUAUGAAAACUUCAUUGAGCAAGAACCUUGGCUGCGACACGUCUCUGUCAACUCACUCAAAGAUGUAGCAAAGUUCCAUUGCAACAUUGAUAUGAGUAAAGCGACACGUGAUCUAUUUUCUGAACUGGAUAAAGGGGUAAUUUUACAGAAUCUGGACGAGGCUAUAUCUUACUGCGCAUCUGAUGUUCAUGCUACUCAUGAAGUUUAUAAAAGAAUUCUUCCUCAAUUUCUUGAAGUUUGUCCACAUCCAACGACUUUUGCAGCUAUGCUUCUCAUGAGCACAAGUUUUUUACCGGUGAAUAAUUCUUGGAAACGUUAUAUCAAUAACGCUGAAAAAUGCUACAAAAGCAUGUCUAAUGUAGUUGUAGAAAAGCUUUCUUAUUAUGCUGAGAAAACGAAGGACUUCUUAGGUGAUGAGAUUGCUAUUUCUGGAGAUCCAUGGCUACGUCAAUUAGAUUGGAGUCCCUGCAAGUUGUAUCGCAAGCCAGCUAAAUCAGAUGUUGCACCCCCUGUCGUCCCAAAAUGGUAUAAGUUAAUAUACGAAAAGAACUCACAAAAAGCCGUUGCAUCUGACAAGUCCCGACUCGCACCUAUCCUCUUGCGUUUGCAAUGGGAAGGACACCCUUUGGUAUGGUCAAAUGUCCAUGGUUGGGUUUUUGAAGUAGAAAAAAAUUCCCAAAAAGAAAUUGAUGACCUUCUACGUCGUAAGUUUUUUCACUGCAACUGUGAUCCGCAAAAGGACCCAAAUCUAAAUGCAGAAAGUUAUGCAUAUUUUAAAGUUCCUCAUAAGGAUGGUCCUGAUGCGAGGUGUGGAUCACCUUUAUCCAAGACAUACCAAAGUUAUUUUGAAGAUGGGAUUCUCACUUCGAAAUUCGAAGUAGCGAAAAAUGCCCUAGAAAUGAGUACUUCCUGCUCUUAUUGGCGUAGCGCUCGUGACCGUAUUCAAUCUCAGAUGGUAGUUUGGGAAAAAGAUGUUAAUUUUGGACUUGCAUCUCAACCUGACGGUUUCGGAAUGAUUCUUCCAAGAAUUAUUCCCAUGGGCACUGUGACUAGACGUGCUGUAGAGAACACUUGGUUAACUGCUUCUAACGCAAAAAGAAAUAGACUGGGUUCAGAGCUUAAGGCCAUGGUCCGUGCUCCCGAAGGAUAUACAUUCGUAGGUGCAGAUGUUGAUUCAGAAGAACUUUGGAUCGUUGCAGUUAUUGGUGAUUCUCAAUUUAGUCUUCAUGGUGCCACCGCUCUUAGUUGGAUGACUUUGGAAGGUAAAAAAUCCGAUGGUACAGAUUUGCACUCAAAAACAGCUGCAAUUCUUGGAGUAAGCCGAGAUGCUGCAAAAGUUUUUAAUUAUGGUCGCCUAUAUGGCGCCGGAUUGAAACAUACAGCUUUACUUUUAAAGCAAUUUAACUCUUCAUUAGACGAUACUCAAGCGGCUAAUUUAGCUAAAGCGUUAUACAAAUCUACUAAAGGGGUUCGCUCCGAAGUUAGUAAAAGGCUGCUUUCUAUGGGAAUUCCAGCGCACCAUUUUUGGUCAAAAGGAAGUGAAAGUUUUGUAUUUAACAAACUGGAAUCAAUGGCUCAAAUGACUUUUCCGAGAACUCCUGUUCUAAAUGCAGGAAUUACUCAAGCCUUAAGCACUAAUAACCUCAGUAAAAGCUCUUUUAUGACAUCCAGAGUAAAUUGGGCAAUUCAGUCAUCAGCUGUAGAUUAUCUGCAUUUGCUUGUUGUUUCUAUGGAGCAUUUAAUUCGCAAGUAUGGUUUAGAGGCUCGAUUGUCUUUAACAGUUCAUGAUGAAGUUCGCUACUUCUCGACUAAUAAAGAUAGGUUCCGUGUUGCGCUUGCCUUACAGGUCGCCAAUUUAUGGACUAGAUCCUUUUUUUGUCAUCGGUUGGGAUUUGAUGAAUUGCCUCAGUCUGUGGCAUUCUUCUCUUCUGUCGAUAUUGAUCACGUUUUACGGAAGGAUGUUAAAAUGGAUUGCGUAACACCUUCAAAUCCAACACCUAUACCGCUUGGUGAAGAAUAUAACAUAGAUGCCUUACUUCGUCAAUUGACAGAAAACGAUCAAUAUUUGGAGCCAUUCGAGAAUUUAUCAAUUCAUGCUAUUCCGGAAGUUGAAGCUACUGUAAAUAAGGAAGAGGAUUCGAAAGCUUUGGCAUAUUUAAAAGCUCAAGCAUUUCAUUAA